GCCAUGUCCCCGUGGGGCCGCUGCCCGCUGGUGGAGGACAGUUUCAGCCGCCUGAGCUCGCAGAGUAACGUGUACGGGCUGGCGGCGCUGCCGGGAACCGGCCCCGGGCCCGGGGGGCUCCUGGCGGCCGCGCUCAAAGGGAAAGUGCUGCUGUUCCGGUACCGGCAACUGCGGGCGCGGCUCAGACCCCUGGCACGGGAGCUGCAGUUCACCUAUAUACCGGGUAUAAUGGGAAUAACAACGGGAAUAACGGGAACAAUGGGAUAACGGGG